AUGAAUCACUAGCAAAUAAAAUAGCCGCCUAAUUAGAAUUAUUUUCCAUCUUUUCACAAGCAAGGGUAAUUGUAAAGUCGCAGAAAAAAUAUUUCUUUAUAGCUAGAGAAUAAAAGUAUCGAAAGAUCUCCUAAUAAUGGUAAGGAGUCAAAAUAUUUACUAACUCCAAAAUAAGCGUGUGAAAGUCCUACUAUUCAUAAAAAAUGUGUAACUUUGGCUGAUGAUAAACUUAUUAAAUAAAGUUUAACAAUGGCAAACUUUAAAAACUUAAUCAGUUAAAGUAUAAAUUAGCCUAUUCAAAGUGAACGUAGAGCAGUUAUUGGAUCACCCUUAUCAAAUAAGAGUUCUCUAACUAGUAGAGAUAAUCGUAAUUAUUUAAGCAUUAACAUAAAUCAAACUUUAGCAACAUAAGUAAAAAGCAUUUAGACAACUCCGCAUUCAACAACUGUAGAUGUAAAUAAAAAUAGUAAUAAAUAAAAUACUCCUACUUCAUAAAGAGCUUAAAAUUCAAAAAAAAAUCCUUAUUAAACUUUUAAAUUUAACACAUAAGAGCCACCAUAAAAUAUAUAAAAAACGAAUUUUAGUUAAUUAGUAGGAGUUCUAGAUAAGAACAAUAAUAAAUAAGCAAAAGAAUAAGAAAUUUCAUAAAUACCAAUAGAAUUCGAUACAAUUUAGCAACAAUAAUCUUUAGAGUAUAUUGAUAAUUCUAAUUCAAAAUUCUCUUAAAAUAUAUCAUAAUAAAAUCUAACUCUAAGCGCUACACCGGUUAGUACUCAACCAAAUAACAAUAAUAUCAGCUAAAUAAAUUUAAUAGGGUAAACGUUUUUUGAAUAAAAGUAAGAAAAUUAGAAUAAGUUAAUACAAAAUAAUAAAAAUGGUUCUUUGUAUGAAAAUAAUCCUUAAUAGCCCAUUUCUUUAGAACAAGCUCGACUUUAAAUUUAAUAGCCAAAUUAGAUCCCUAUUGAUGGAGUUGCUAUGAUAGAAUCACAAAAUGAAUAUAAUCCUUAUAAAAAUACCAGCUAAAAUAUAAAAAAUCAUCUAGCAAACAUUAGUAACUAAAAUUAAAAUUAUUAAAUUAAUAGUCUAUUAAAUAAAAAUGAUGUUUAAGAUUAAAAGGACAGCAUCACUGACUAAUAUCGAAAAAGUACUUCUCGAGAAUAAAAUAUACAAAAUAAGUUUUUAAAUAAUUUUCUAGGAAGAAAAUAAUCUAGUCCUAAUCCAAGCUAAACUGAUUAAAUGUAUAUCUCAUAGAGUUAAAAGAUAGAUAACAAGUAUCCAGAUCUAACGAACUCAGGAGCAACUAAAGAUUUGAGUAUCAAUUUUAAUACUAAAAACUCAUAAGGCCAAAUCCAAAACUUAGGAAAGAUAAAUCUAAAUAAUUCAAUCUAAAACUAAGGAGAAGAAAAAAAAAACUCUAUUCUUACUUCUUAUUUGGGAAUCAAGAAUGCUAAUAUAAAAUUAUCUUCUAUGAAUAAUUCCUAAUAAAUGAAUAAUUCAAUAUCGCAGGUUUAUCAUAUAGGUCUGUAAGAUCAAUUACUAAAAUCUCCUUAGAAGAUCUCCUAGCAAUUUCCUGGUAAUUAUAAACAUCCUGUUAGGGAAGAAAGUCUCACAGCUUUUUAAACUCCACUAUAAAAAUACUGGAGUAAAUAAUCUUCAUCUUAUACUUUUGUUGAUAUUGAAGAGUCUCUAUAAAGUAAUUAAGCUAAAUAGAGCAGCUAAAAAUUAUAUACUGAACAACUUUACACAAGUCCAGCUAGGGACAAAAGCCCAAGAGCUUUGAUAGGCAAACAAAGCUUAUCAAAUGUGUAUGAUCAUUCAUUUUCUCUAAAACAAUUUAAUAAGCGCUUUACUGAGAUUUAUCCCCAUCAAAAACAAUCACUUUCGCCUAAUAAAUCUUUAUUUUAAAUAGCCAAAUUAACUAAUCAAUCUUAAUCAGACACUACACCUUCUUCUAUGUUAAACUCUUCUUAAAAAGAUGACAAAAAAAAUAAAAGAAAUAUAAACUACUUCAACCAGCCUUCUGAUGCAAGUGGAAAUAUAAAAACAUUUUUGCGUUUUCGUCCAAAUAAUCAUAUGGAAUUAGAUCUAAAUGAACAAGGAAUUGGGUAAAAUGUAAUAAAUUUUAUUGACGACUACUCAGUUUCUUUAAUUGGUGAUUAAUAACAAGUUUACACUGUAGAUAAAAUAUUCAAACCUAAUGACUCUUAGGAGGCCUUAUACUUAAAAGUUGGUGAAGAGGUUAUUUAUUAGGUUUUUUUGGGAUACAAUGGAACAAUCUUUACAUAUGGAGUUACUGGUUCAGGAAAAACACAUACUAUGUUUGGUAAUAUUACAGAUUCGGUCUAGAAAGGAAUAAUCCCUAGAAUUUGUAAUUAAAUAUUUGAUUUGGUUGAAAAUGACGAAGAAGGAGUAGAAUUUAUAAUUAAUUGUUCUAUGCUUGAAAUAUAUAAAGAAAUAUUAUAUGAUUCAUUUUAAGAAGGAAAAAUAGAGCUGAAAAUAAAAGAGAGUGCUUAAAAGGGUAUUUAUGUUCAAGGAUUAACUUAAACAAGUAUUGCUAAUUAAGAUGAAUUAUUUUAGUUGAUUAGUAUAGGAUAUAACACUAAAAGGACUAGAGAAACAAGGCUUAACGAAUACUCUUCUCGAAGCCAUACUAUAUUUAUGAUAGAGAUUUAGCAAAGACUUUCUAAUGGAGAUGAAAAAAUUGGGAAAAUCAAUUUAAUUGAUUUAGCAGGUGCAGAAAAGGCUAGCAGAAGCGGUGCUCAAGGUGAAUCCCUAGAAGAAGCUAUAAAAAUUAACUUAUCUCUAUCCUGCUUAGGAAAGGUGAUACAUGCUCUUACUAGUGGUAAUGAGUACAUACCAUAUAGAGACUCAAAAUUAACAAGAAUUCUUCAAGAAUCUUUAGGAGGCAAUUAUAAGACUUCUCUGAUAGUAACUUGCUCAAUGCACUCAAGUUUUUAGGAUGACACAGUUAGUAGUUUGAAAUUCGCUACAAGAGCUAAGACAGUAAAAAACACUUACAAAAUGAACAUAAAACUGAAUCCAAUUAAUCUCUAAAAAGAAUUAGAAAAUCUUAAAACUUAAACUGAAAGUUACAAAUAUAUAUUUAAUAAUGUAAGAACCAUUUUGAACGAUACUCAAAAUAAAAUUUAAUGUCUGCCCAAUAUAUCUUCAGAUCCAAAACUUUAUGAAAUCAAAAAUAAGCUUGAUGAGAUUCUCACUUUAUAAAUUGCAAUAGAUAAUAUGAACACUGGAACAAAGGACUAAAAUUAGCCAAACGGAGGAGUUGCUGAUAAUAAACAUAUUUCAGCUCUUUUAGAUUCUAAAAAAGAAGCGUAAAUCAUAGUUAAAGAUGAAACUAUCAAACAGUUAAUGCAAACUAAUUCUGAUUUAAACGAGCAGAUACAAUCACUUUAAUAAGAGAAUCAAGCACUUAAAAAAGAAAAUUUGAACUUGACUGUUAAAUUUAAUGAAUUAUCUCAAGAAAAAAAUUAAAUUAAGUUACAGCUAAAUAAAUAGCUCUCAAAAAAUGAUUAUUCAAAUUUCUCUUUGGGAAUACUUUAAAAACAAAUCUAGCAUUUAGUUGAUUCAGUUUGUGGAGCUGAAAAGAGAAUUUCUUCUAUCCUAUUAGAAAAAAAGCAAGUAGUUGAUAUAAAAUUUGAAGAUUAUUUGAAAGAAAAGUUAUCAUUUUCAGAAAUCGUGCUGGCAGAUUACUUUAAAAAUUCUAUCAACUUUAAUUUUGAAAGGGCAGAAAAAGGAUUUAAAGAUGUUUAAGAAAAUGUGAAGAAGUUUAAUUUAGAAGGUGAUGAUGAUUUUAUGGCUGAAAAAACUCUUGGCAUCAAAAACAGCUGCUUUUUAAUUGAUAGUGAAGUAGAACAAAUCAAUUCUAGUAAUGUUAGUAGUUAAGCUACUUUUAAUUAAAUUAAUACAAAUAAAAAUAUAGCUUUAACACAAUAAAAAUUCCAAUCAAAAAAUAACUCUACUAGCUCUUUUACCUGUAAUUUAGAUUUGAAGAUUAACCAAAAUGAAAAUAAUGAAAUACUAAAAAAAAUAUUUGCUAUGCCAUCUAAGCUAGAUAUGGCCUAAGUUUCAGAAACCGUUUAUAAUGAUUUCAUCAUUGUUUCACUAAAAAAAUAAUUAAUAGACUCUCAUACUCUUAACUAAAGUUUGUUAAGAAUAGUAAACGCCCUUGAAUGGAAAUAAAUUAUAGAGUAUGGCUAAUCAAAGUAGAAAUCAGAUUAAAUCUAAAUUUAAAAGAGAUAAAUUAAACACCUUGAAAAUGUGUUAGAAGAAGUUACUGAAAAUCACAAAGAGCUUAGAUUAAAAAUAGAAGACUUAGAAUUUGACAUUUAUCAACAAGAUUCAUAGCAAAAGUCUAAAGAAUUAAGUGUAUUAGACAACAAGAAAUAAAAUAAAAUAAUAAUUCCUUUGACAAAUUCCAAUUUUUAUAGACAAUAGCUGCUUUAAAAGAAUAAUAAAAGAAGCAAUUUCGUUAGUGGAAUAUAAUCAUAUAACUUUUCAAAAGACCCAUUCUCUAAUAUUUCCACAAUUCAGAAAAAUAUAAUAGAUAUUUAAUAAAGCUUUAAAGAAAUGGAAUUAGACAUAAUACCUUUGACUUACGAAAAUGCACUUGAUGAAUUAAAAAGGAGAAAUAUUAUACUUAAAAGAAUAAGAUAAAUAAAUACAACAGACUUGGAUUCUUAAGACACAUAAGGGAUUAAUCUCUGUUAAAAAGAAACCGAAGAAUUUAUUAAAAACGAAAGAGAAAGGCUUAACAACAAAAUAAUAAUUCUUUAAUAAGAAUUAAAGAUGGAACAAGUAAAAGUAGAAUCUAUCAAGCAUUCUUUGUUAGUUGAAAGAAAGAAUGUGAAGGAUUUGAAAAAGCUUACAGAAAGCAUGGAAGUUUCUUUAAGAAAUACAUUAAAAGAGGAACAUGAUUGUUGGAUAUAAACAAUAAAUGAAAUUACAGAAUUAAAUAAAAUAGAAUUUACUAAGAGAUCAGCUGAGUACAGUCAACUUAGAGAAGCCUUCUCCAAUAUUAUAGAUUCUUCUCUUUAAAAAAUAUAAGAAAUGAAAGGAAAAUGUUUUUCUUAAGAAGUGUAAUAGUUUGAAAAUAUUAUUAUUGAAAUGGAACAAGCAAAGUUACAAAUGGGAAAAUGUUAUGUGAAUUCUAUUAAAAAGAUAUCUAUAAAUUCUUCGAUGCAGUAUAUAAAUCCAUAGACAUAAAGAACUUCAAUAAUAAGUAAUUACAAGCAUAGUUGA